ACUGUCAACUGUCAUUUAUUUAUUUAGUAAGCAUACAAAGAUGGCGGUGGCUCUGUCACCCGAUCAGGAGUUGGCGACGAAAGCGUUCCUUGACACUUUGAGCGAAUCCGGCGCCGCCUGUGUGACCCGAGCCACGGCGAUCAAGUUCUUGCUCGCGCGCAAGUUCGACGUGGACCGCGCGUUCGCGUUGUGGCGCCAGCAUGAAGCCACGCGCAGGCGCGAGGGUCUCAGCAAGUUUGAACCUUUCGAAGACCCUCUUAAAACAGAACUCGAGACUGGAAAAUUUACUAUACUGCCGACGCGGGACGCCACUGGCGCCGCGAUCGCAGUGUUCACGGCGAACAAACACUUCCCCGCACAGACCACGCAUCAGAUCACAUUGCAGGGUGUGGUCUACCAGUUGGACGUGGCGCUACAGUCGCUGGAAACUCAGCGGGCCGGCCUUGUGUUCAUAUACGACAUGACAGACUCCAAGUAUACGAACUUCGACUAUGAACUGUCCAGGAAAAUACUCACCAUGUUAAAGGGUGGCUACCCGGCCAAAUUAAAGAAGGUGCUAAUAGUGACGGCGCCGUUGUGGUUCAAAGCGCCCUUCGGCAUCCUCCGGCUGUUCGUGCGGGAGAAACUGCGCGAGCGCGUGCACACGGUGAGCGCGCCGCAACUCGGCUCGCACGUGCCACGCGCUAGCCUGCCGAAGCAACUCGGUGGACAGUUGGAACCCGACCACGCAGCUUGGUUAGAACACUGUAGAAACUGUUACACCAACAACCUCCAGAACUCUAAGUUAGACGGCGUUAUCGACGAAUAUGUAAUCAGCAAUCAUAUACCCAAACCGCAAAAUGGUAUAAUAGAGCGGGCGGUCGAAUGUGACAUGACUAGCGACCGCGCGGCGAACACGGAGACCGCAGACAUGCACAUCAGCGGAGACCCGCCGUACACCUGCGACCCUAGCCCGCUAAGGCAUUCGCACGGGUACAAUGGCGACGUGAAGGGCAGACAUAUAAACUCAACAGAGGACGAAGAAAUAGAUGUAAAUAGUCGCACAUGGUCGUCGGGGUCGGCGUCGCCCGCCGCCUCGGACGAGGAGUGCGGCGGCGGCGCGCGCGGGCUGCCGCCCGCCGCGCUGGCCGCGCGCCUGCGGCUGCUGGGCCGGCGCGGGCUGGCCGCCGAGUACGACGAGAUCCGCUCGCGCCCGCCGCAGGGCACCUUCAUCAACGCCAAAUUGCCGAAUAACCUAGCCAAAAACCGUUACACGGACGUAUUAUGUUACGACCACUCUCGCGUGCUGCUCUCUCAGACGGACCCCGACGACCCCACCACAGACUAUAUCAACGCUAACUACGUCGACGGCUAUAAACAGAAGAAUGCUUUUAUUUGUACACAAGGCCCCCUCCCCAAAACGUUCGGCGACUUCUGGCGCAUGGUGUGGGAGCAGGGCACGCUGGUGGUGGUGAUGACCACGCGCACGGCGGAGCGCGGCCGCGUCAAGUGCGGCCAGUACUGGCCCGCCGCGCCCGGCGCCGCCGCGCGCCACGGCGGCUUCGCGCUCGCCAACGAGGCCGUCGACGAGGAGGACGACUACACCAUUACGCAUCUCGUUCUCACCGACUUGAGGAGCUCGCAGUCGCGGCGCGUGUGGCACGGGCAGUACACGCGCUGGCCGGACUACGGCGUGCCGGGCGGGGGCGGCGCCGCGCCCGUGCUGCGCUUCCUGCAGCGCGUGCGCCGCGCGCAGCUCGCCGCCAGACAGGAUUUAGGAGACGCGUGGGCGGGACACAGUAGAGGGCCUCCGAUCGUGGUCCAUUGUUCAGCGGGCAUAGGAAGAACAGGCACGUUCCUGACGCUGGACAUCUGCGCGCUGCGGCUGUCGGCGGAGGGCGUGGCGGACGUGCGCGGCACGGUGGAGCGCAUCCGCGCGCAGCGCGCGCACUCCAUACAGAUGCCCGACCAGUACGUGUUCUGCCACGUGGCGCUGCUCGAGUACGCGGUGAUGCAAGGCUAUUUGGACAGCUCGGAGCUACCUAGCUUCGAGGACGAGCACGACGACGAGUCGGAAUGAAGACUGUCGCGCCCCGCGUGCGCUUUGCUAUAGUGAAUACAGUGGACAGUGAUAUACAGUGAAUACAGUGCUUAACAACUCGUGUGACAUCAUAUACAAAUAAUUCAGCGCCGUGUGACAUCAUAUACAAAUAAUACGACGCCGUGUGAGACUCCAUAUACAGCGAAUACAGCGCCGUGUGACAUAAUAUACAGCGUCGCGUAACAUCAUAUAACACCGAAUACAACUCUAGAACGCAAAGGCGAUACAACGCGAUCACAAACCAGCGAUUGUCAACGAUUCAAUACGGCGAUCUACCGCGUCGCGUCUUGUCGCAAGUGCGUUCAGAGGUGUACAUUGCUUUAUCCACGACGUCUGUCGAAAUGGAAGAUCGUGUAACGAAAUUUAGGUACGCUGUUAUUCGCAGGAGUUACUUUUACCUGACUAUAAAAAGAGGGUCAUGUGUUUGGCAUGUACCGCGCGGUGAUCAAUAAGGAAAAAAAUUCGGAAAUAGUUGUGACAGUUCGCAAUGUAACCAUUAUAUAUUUUAACGUCCAAAUCAAACAUUGCACGUACCACACAUGACCACUAAAAUAUACCCUUUGAGUCGCUAUCAUUUACUACUGCUAUUUACACAAAUUUUAACGUCAAUAAAAUAUUGUAGUGAUGAAUAACAGUGAUGAUCUACUCUAUCACACUCGGUCCGCGACCAUAUAAAGCGCAACAGCCGCACAAACGAGAUGUGUUCAUGACACAGACAUAUAUAUAGCUAGAUAACGCUGUUCACACAUCUGAAUGAAAUCAAGGGUUUUGUGCGUAUUUGAAGUCAACAGGGCGGUUUGUUUUUCUAAUUACAGCACAAAAAUACAUUUUUAUAUUUCUGUUUUUGAUGAAGAUAAAGAUGCCGAACGAAACAAUCUUGAAGACCUGUCACUCUUGAUAAGAUUUGGCACGCGAAUUCUAGCUAGAUCUACGUCUGUGGUUCAAGUAGUGUAAGUGGCAGGCGAUGACACCAGCCAUAGUACCGGGAGCUCUUAAACCGGUUAGUCUUAUGAAAUCGUAUGUUCCUGUAGCACUGAUAUAUCGGACGGUUACGUCAAACCUCGUUAUUACAAGUAUUUAUUUCGCUUAUUAUAAAUAUUAGUAACCAAAAAUAUUCCCGUAAUUAGAAUUGUAUUAUUUAUUUAUAAAUGAAGUAUGGCUGUGUGAAUUAUUUGUCUUCGUGUAACUAUGUAUGUUUAUAUUUUUUCAAUGAAUUGUGGCGUCUUAAUUAUAAAAACCUGAAGGUUUUAUAAAUUAAUUUUAAUAACCUGAUCGAGAGUUUGAUACAUUUUUUAUAUGUUGAGGUGCUGGUAGGGUAAUGCAUACAUGACUGUUACAUCAUUUUUAUAUUACAUUUAAUGUAAUGUGCAUUUCAUUUUUAUAAUAAUCAUUAAUAAAGUCCAUGAUGUUCGACAGUAUUAUGUGAACUAAACAUUUGCGCAUCAUUAAAUUAUUAUAGAUAUUAUGAUAAAAGUUGUAUAUAUAGACUGAAUAACGUUACAAUGCUCCAAAUUUUACAACUGGCCUUGUGAUAGGAGGUCUCGCCGCGACUGAAUUUAAUUUACUGUCGUAAUCGACAAUAGCGCCGUAUGUUAACUACAUGAAAUAUAAAUUGUAAAUAAAGGAGUAUUUACUAAUUAGUGAAACAAAGGAAUAGCAAAAGACUAUUUAUUUUUCAAAGUAACCUGUUAGCAACAUAUCUAAAGUGAAUAUUUUGAAGCGCCGUCCUUUGUCGCAACUUACAUAUCUCCGUAGCCAACUGUGUUGAAAUUAUCUUGUUUUCCGGCUUCACUUCCCGUCCCCGCAAAUAGAAUCUCUUAGUCCUAGAUUGCCAUAGUAGUAUAUAAAGUAUUUAAUAUUACAAUCCACCUGAACUUGUAGCUUUCUUCGUGCUCUACAAAGUAUGUGUCCCCGUCAAUUUCACAUAUAUAUAUAUAUAUAUUUCUAUAAAGCUCUGAAUUCUUCUUCGUGUGCGUAAAAAUAUCUUCCUUCAUUGUAUUUGAGCUGUUUGUAAGUACACUAAACAAGGAAAUCGUUAAUCUGAAACAAUUGUUGGUUCUGUAUCUGUAAAUAUUUUAAUUAUAUUUCUGUUAAAAUUUAAACCCUUGUGACAUAUUGUGUGAAAUAAAGAAAAUCUUGUAAUAUUUGA